UGAAAUCACCAUGACUCGGUUUGUAACACUCUUUGCGUUGAAUGUUGUCCACGGUGACGUCUCCUGUCACCCUGUCAUUGUAUGCCCUACCGGGAUCUUAGCCAAUGGAACUGCCGUGAGGGAGCUACUGAAACUUGCCAACAAGGACAUGUUGGAAGGCGCCAAAGGUAUGGCGGAAGUCUUGAAUCAGAGAGAUAUAGGGCGCCCUCUUGUAUGUGCGAUGCCAGAUUGUAUUCCUGAUCCGUGCUAUGGGGACAUGAACAUGUGUACCGAGACUGAUACGGGAUACAUUUGCAGCAAGCCAGAUGAGACUGCCACGGACCUACAACAUGAUUCAGCCAUGGACCUACAACAUGAUUCAGCCAUGGACCUACAACAUGAUUCAGCCAUGGACCUACAACCUGAUUUAGCCAUGGACCUACAACAUGAUUCAGCCAAGGACAUACGAUAUGAUUCAACCAGUGGGCGGAGAGUACCUAAGAGUGUUCGUCGUGGACCGACUCCGUCCUAGUACACUAUUCUGUGUAAUCCCAUAGGGUUUUUUUUUGCCAAAAUUGAUUUUGUGGUUGUUUUGGCUUCAAUAGGGUCCCUUGAGACCAAACAUGAUGGGAUUCAAAUUUUCAGACCCCUCCUUCCCUUCGUGGGGGUCCUUUUUGGCGCCAUUUUGGCCUGUACCAAGCCCAAUAGGAUAAGCAAUUGUUUUCACCCUUAUUUCUCAAUUUUUAUCGCCAAUUUUAUUCUUAAGUUGUGUGAGGUGUACAAAAAUGAAUAUUUGAUGUUGUGAUUUCAAUGUUUUUCACUUUUACCAUAUAUGGGGGAGGACUUAACGAAAAAUGCCGAAAAAUUGUAAAAUAUUACCCCCAAAAGUGUAAUUUUCCCCCUUUUUGGCACUAGAAAACAUGGUUAGAAAAAGAUUACAAAAUUAAGUGAUGUUGUGAUUUAGGCUAUCCUGACUGAUGCAAUAUCUAAUAUUUCGUUUGCAAUACUUUCCACAUUGUUAUUUUUAUUAUUAUUCUUGUCAAUAAAUGAAUAUGUCUUUGUUAUAUAGUCCAAUAACAGAGGAAUACAUCACAUGUGAUUUAUAUGAUUAUUCUUGUCAAUUGAUGUAAAAAUCAAACCCAUUUCAGGAAUCUAUGUCGUGAAAACCUUACGACAUUUCUAGAUGGCGCCAUAACUUAUCAUAAUGAUAUUAAUGUGGUACGGUAUGUCAUGACACAGCUCCUGUAGAUUUUUUUUGCCAAAAUGAUUUUUUUUUUCAUUUGGAUUCACUUAGGUCCAAUUUAUCAGGAAGUGUGUUCAUCACUCCUGGUGCAGGUAUUGUCUGUUUAAUGAGAUAUAACCAUCUUUAAGGGAAUUAAAUGAUUACCAUUUUCACGUCAAUAUAAUUAUAUCAAAUAUAUCUCCUCGCACUUCGAGCUUUUACUAUUUAAUGUAGUGACAUAUGCUUCGUUUUUAUGACUACUUAAAGUGAUUGCCCCUAAAGGUCUUAAUAUAAAACAGUUCCAGUCCGUGCUUGCGUUCGCAUUAGUGGCUUGGUGAGAUAAGUCUGCUAUUCAUGAAUUCCUACAAAAAAAUCCUUAAAAUGCCCCUUUUCUGGUCUGAAUAACAAAUCUCAAACUAGUUUGAUAGUGAGAUACAUAUCAUAUUCAUGAUUGCAUGACUACAAAAAGGCGCUCACAUUUAGAUGACUAUGGUGAGAUAUGUAGGCCUAUGCUCUUCAUGAAUUCCUUAAAAUAUAGUCUUUAAAAUGUCCCUGUUUGGGGUCAAUGUAC